AUGGCUCCAAGAAACAGCGUUAGGGGGCAGAGCGUUCCGUCUCAGUCCAUCUCAGCCGCCUUGUCAUCUGCUGUCGCAGAGUGGCUGGUGAUCUUCUUGCUCUUUCUCGAUGGCUUGCUCUCAUACCUGGUGAAGAGAUUUGCCCGUUACUCAAAUUUACAGACCCCAUGCCUCUUGUGCUCUAGUCUUGACCGCAUCUUGGCCGCGGAAAGGCCGGGAUUCUGUCACGAUUUAAUAUGCCAAGCGCAUAAAUUAGAGAUUGCCUCAACUAUCUCCAAUGAUCAUCCGGAAGUUGGUGAGGCAUCUCUUCUCUCACAUGCUGCAGAGAGGGUGUCCAGCUCUGGGACCUUCAAGUCCCAGGUGGGGAAAAUGGAGGGAACCACUGACAAUCCAAAGAGAUUAUCCGCAGAUACUGAUUCUAACAGUUUUGAGGCUAAGAUAGGGGGAGACGAUUUGGCGAAUCUGCCUCUACUUGAGAGGGAAUACUCGUCUUACAAUGUGCAGAGAUCGCUCAAAAGCGAAUUGAUUUUUUCUGAGAUCAAUGAACUUGGUGUUGCUUCGAGUGUUCUUGCUGGGCAUCAUCUUCCAUACCAUGGGGACGGGUCUACCAAGAAAAAGGAGAAAGCUUCCGGGUCGCCAGUAUCUUCUCGCAUUGGAGAUCACUUGCCCCACAUUGGUUACACAGAAGUAAAGGUAACGUCAGAUUCUGAGUCAGAAAUGCUGCCUUCAGACGAUGAUGAUGGAGGCGCUACGGUUGGAACCAAUGAUGUUGAGGAAGGUGUUUCAUCACAGAGCCCGCAAGUAGAGGAUGUUUUAUCAAGAAGUCUCGAGGAUGAUGUGGUGUCGGAGAAACAGAUGCAUACAGUUCCUCUUUCGCCUGAGCAUUCAUGUCUGAUUCCCAUGGAGGAAUCUGAAGUUUUGAAGCAUGAGGAAGGUGCCCUUCUGGUCCGAAGAGCUGACCCUACACAUGGUCUAGAGGAGCUUAAUUGGACCCUUAUAGGAGAGAAGGAUCAUAGCUCCUUACAACUCAAACCCACCUCUGAAUCAACAGUAUCAAAGGGUGAGUUCAAGAUUCCUUUCCGUCUUUCUUUUUUUUUGUUUUCUUGCUUGUAGAGUCAAAGUGUGUUGGCUGUCCAACGCAGACAAGAAAAAAUGUCAAUCAUCUAUCUGUGGGUUUGGCCACCAUCUUUAUAAGAAUUAAUUUUUAUUUAUUAUUCAUUUCUAGACAUCUUCUCAUGUAUCAGUCAACUGACUAAUUGUGUCAUAUAGUCCAACUUAAUUAUUAUUUUCUAUGUAGGAUUUUAAUUACACUUGGAUUGUUGCAUAUGGUAUGCUUAAAUGUAAAUUAACCCUCUCUGGACGACUUUUCUGUUGCAGUGCCUGAAGUAGAAGUAGGUCGUAUUAUCCAUGGCCCUUCCCCCUUGGAAGGGAAUGUUUCAAGUCCCAAAUGUAAUCUCUAAUCCUUGUUUUUUUUUUUCUUUCUAUCAUCUGAUGUGUUCAUGAUUUUGGUGGCUAAAUAUUUCUUCUAUUGGUUGACUUUUCUGGUGGAUGAAGUGGUGAUUCUUGGUGCUGGAUCUGUUUCCCCUGCCCCAAGUGUGGAAGCAGCGAAUGAUUCGAAUCCAACUGGAACAGAGUCGAUACAUGUCCCAUCGGCAAAAGACCCUGGUUCAUCGAUGCUUAAUCAUAUGGACCUCAAUGAUGCCUACAAGAUGGCUAUUGGAUCCAGUAUGAAUCAGGGAUCGCCGAGGGACUCUCAUGGAGUCAGUGAAGAGUUGAGACUACUGAUGUCCCACAUAUCUGCCUCCCGUGGACCUGAAAUUUCUUGGGGUGAGAUGAGCCCAAGUCCUCGUGUGUAUGGACAAGGUGAGGAUCUUAAGGUGUUUGAUGCUUCGGUCGCUAUUGUUCAGCGUAAUCUUAGCAGGAAAUUUUCUAUCGAGAGAAAUGAAUCCAGUACUGAGUCACUGGAUGGCGGCAGCAUCAUCAGCGAAAUUGAAGGAGAGAGUCCAGUGGAUCGUCUGAAACGCCAGAUCGAUUUCGACUGGAAGUCAAUGACUCUCUUGUACAAAGAGUUGGAGGAAGAGAGAAAUGCCUCUGCAAUUGCUGCGAACCAGGCCAUGGCCAUGAUCACUAGGCUACAAGAGGAGAAGGCGUCGAUGCAAAUGGAAGCUCUGCAAUACCAGAGGAUGAUGGAAGAGCAGUCGGAGUAUGACCAAGAAGCUCUGCAAAGGCUGAAUGAUGCCCUAACCCAAAAGGAAGUAGAACUAGAAGAUCUGAAGGUAGAGCUUGAAAGAUGCGGGAAAUUGUUGAGGGAUGAACCUUUGCCCCCCAAGGUUACAGACAAUUCAGAGCAAACGGAAGGUAAAUCUGUUGAUAUGGAGCUUUUCAAGGCAUCUAAUGGUGAGAAGACAUUGGAGUGCAGUGGUAAAGACUCGAGGGAUGUCGAAGGGGAUGAGAGAGCAACACCUAUGACCUCCACGUUCAGUUUUGAUGACGAAAAACAGUACAUCUCAGAAUGCCUGCGAAGGUUGGAAAAGAAACUUCGCUCGUCCAAUAAUGACCCUCAUGUUGAUGCUUCAGGAUCAAAUGUGGGAGAAGAUGGUCCACCUUAUCACACAAUAGAAAAUAGUGAUUUUUCUGUAGAAGGCGUAGGGGAGAGACAUGAUACAGAGCAAGGCCAUUGGGAUGAGAAGAUCCAGAAAGAUAGUAAUUCAGGGGAGAAUGUCCUCUGUGAGCAAGAUGAAUCCUCCUUUCCCGGUGAAAGCUCACAGACAAGUGGCCCAACCCUGGCAAACGUUAAUGAUAUCUCCAAAUUGCGUGAAUUUGAUAAUGGAAGUGCACAAUCCUCCGUGAUUCAAAGGAUUGACUUAUCUUCUUUUGAGAAUGAAGUUCUCCACCUGAAUGAGAGGUUGAAGACCCUUGAAGCUGAUAGAAGCUUCCUUGAGCAUAUUGUGAAUUCCCUUAGGAAUGAGAGUGGUGCAGUCCAAUUUGUCCAAGAGAUUGCUUGCCAUCUUCGAGAGUUACGUCGAAUUGGGGUCAGAAGAAGAGAUCAGACGAUGGUGUGA